AUGAGGCAGAUGCCCCCGGUGCUCUUCCUCACCUUGACUCUGCUGGAUUUCAAUGCUGGCCACAUCCUGCCAGGAACAGCAGAGGGUGGGAGCAGGGUGCAGCAGGUGUGGGCCACGGCGGGGAGUUCAGCCGUGCUGCCUUGCCUCCUGAGCCCCGGGAAGAUCAGGAGGAGCUGGAAGCAGCUGCCUGACAAGACAUCCGUGCUGUGGAAGCGGCGUGGGAAGAGCGCCCACCAGGAGCCACACCUGGUGCUGGAGGUGGGGUACUCCGGCCUUCAGAAGACAGCGCUGCCCAUGAGGCCCCGGGUGUCGGUCCAGGCAUCCGCCCUUCGCAACGGGAACUUCUCCCUGCGGAUCGACCCGGUGCGGAGUGAGGACGCGGGGCUGUACGAGGCGCGGGUGGCACACAGCGUGGGGGCCCAGAGCUGCCAGGUGGAGCUGGGGGUGGUGACAGUGACCCUCAGCCCAUCCAGCCCCGUGGUUGAGAACGAGCCGCUGCUGCUGAGCUGCAACUCCAGCCACCGGGCUGGCCUCCUGGCCACGCGCUGGUUCCACGACGGGCACCCGGUCCCCACCUCGGGGACCUUCUUCUCCUCGCACGGGGCUCUCUCCAUCCCCCGGGCAGCCACCGGUGACGCCGGCUCCUGGCGCUGCGAGCUCAGAUACGCUGAUCAUCUGGUCGUCUCUGCCACGUACAACCUGCAGGUUCUAGGUUUUGAUGGCCCAGCCAGCCCUGUGGUCUAUGCUGCGGCUGGCUCUGCAGCUGAUCUGCCCUGCACCCUCAGCUACCUUCCCAGUGCCCUUGGGAUCAAGGCGGUGACAGCCCAGUGGAGCCGCCUCACAGGAGAACACUUGCAAGACUGGGACAGCCCCCAGAACUCAAGUGGCAGAAGCUUCCCCCUUCGCCUGCACACGGUGGGGCCGGGUGAUGCAGGGCAGUACCGCUGUGCCAUCUCAGUUGGCAGCAAGACCAUCAAGAGGGACCUGACCUUGGCAGUGAUCACAGUCACCCCCAGCAUCCCAGGACCAGUUUCUGAGGGGUCUCGCUUGCUGCUCAUCUGCAGCCUCACACACCCCUGGGGACAUGAGCGGUUCCAGUGGAAGCACCUCGACUCAGCCCCCACUAGGAGCAAGCUGGCUGUGGCCACCUCCCGCAACCUGGAGAGCCCCACCUUGGAAAUACCGCAGGUGUCGGGAAAAGACACAGGCAGGUGGGAGUGCAGCGUGCGUGGCCCAGCAGGCAGCCUGGGAGCAGCAGAGUACAGGCUGCAGAUCACAGGUGCCCAGGUCUCCAGCCCUCCUGCUAUCUUCAGUGGGCAGGUUACUUUUGGGCUCACGCUCGUUCUCUUCCUCCUGCUUGCAGUCUGUGUUCUAGCUCUGGCCCUACAAAAAAGGGCACGGCCUCCUGCCUUUCCAGCCCUGGAAGGGAUGGUUGCAUUAACUGUGCCAAAGAAGAAGGAGAUGGAGGAGAACCAGAAAGAGAAGAUCCAGCAAGAUGAAUGCUGA